AUGUCUAUUUAUCCUACUGCGGACGUCAGGACGAAUCUGGGCGCCAUUUUCCUCGGAGCGCUGAUCUCCAUGGCCCUGUCCGGCGUGGUGGCUACGCAGGUGUUCGUUUACUUCCGUGUGUACAGCAAGGAUAAGCACAGCAUGAAGCUACUUGUCCUAUUGGUAUGGGUCAUGGACGCCACACACUCCGCUCUCAUCUCCACCGCGAUAUGGAUGUACUUUGCGCUUGCGUAUGGGGGCCCUGAUCAAACAGAUCACAUCAGUCCGGAGAUUGCGCUUACGGUCGCGUUCACGGCGUUGACCACAUUCAUCGUGCAUAUGUUCUUCUCAUAUCGAGCAUACGAGCUGAGCAAGUCUAACUGGCGAUGUACCAUACCUAUCGUUGCGCUUGCACUCGGCCGUCUCAUCGCGGCUAUCGUAUCUACGUACGAGAUGGGCUCAUUGAAGAGCUAUAGCGGCUUCGUGGAGAAGUUUGGGUGGGUUUUCACGCUCCGAUCUCGCUUUCUUCAGCGCCAGACGUCUUGA